CCGCUCGCUCUGCCCCGGCACCCGCCUGCCUCCCUCCUCUCGCCGCCUCGCCGCAGCCCGGGCUCCGCCGAGUCAAAGAGCGGAUCAGGUUCCCUGCCUCCAGUAUAAAAAUCUCGGCGAGAAACCUCCGCCGGGAGAGAGAGACGGGGCGCGGGUGGAGAGGAGCGGCAGCCGGUGAACCCCUCCUUGGGGAAGCGAAGGGACGCGCGGGGGCCGCACCAGCCGCUGGUCACCGGGGACUGUCGCUGCUCGCCCCUUUCAGCUGCGGGAGAGGAGCUUUUUGACGCCCGAAAAUGCAACAGCAACAACAACAACGUCGGAUGUUCACAGCUGCCCUGCUGGCACUUGUUUUCCUUCUGGCAGCUGUGAGUACCACUGAGGCUGGGAAAAAAGAGAAACCAGAGAAAAAGGCAAAGAAGUCUGACUGUGGGGAAUGGCAGUGGAGUGUCUGUGUCCCCACCAGUGGUGACUGUGGUCUGGGCACACGUGAGGGCACUCGCACUGGAGCUGAGUGCAAACAAACCACCAAGACUCAGAAGUGUAAGAUUCCCUGCAACUGGAAGAAGCAAUUUGGAGCUGAGUGCAAAUACCAGUUCCAGGCCUGGGGAGAAUGUGACUUGAACACUGCCCUGAAGACUCGAACCGGAAACCUAAAGAGAGCUCUUCAUAAUGCUGACUGCCAGAAGACUGUCACAAUCUCAAAGCCCUGUGGGAAACUUACCAAACCCAAACCUCAAGAAUCCAAGAAGAAGAAAAAGGAGGGCAAGAAACAAGAGAAGAUGCUGGAUUAAUGGAGUCAACUUGGGCAAUUUGAGAAAGGGACAUCAGCAAACAUGAUUAGUUAACAGUUUCAUUUAUACCUAGGCAUUUUAUCCUAAAAUUAUUUAUAGCUUAAUGCUACCAUAGAAGGAAACAAGUAAACACAGAAAAAAAAAUAUCCUUUUUUCUUAUUACUUUAGUAUUUUUAAUGUAUAACCCUAACAGCAACUCUUAGAGGCCUGUAAUAAAGGACUCCAAACUCAUUUAGAAAAUUAUUUCUAUUGUAUAUUGAACAAUGUAGACCUUUUUAAAAUAUUUUUUUUUCUCAAGUCUUGCCAUAGGUCUCAAUCUGGUAAUUAGUCCACGCAAGCAGAACCUGAGCCUGUGUGGAGCUCUGCUGAAGCCAGUGGUACCUUGUGUAAAUAUAGGACUCUGGCUGGAUACAUUUAUACUUACGAUUGGAACCUUAUAUCUUAAAAAACCUGAGGUUUGUUUCUUAAUUUCUGAUCACAUCUGAAUAACUGUAUGAAAUUGUUUGUUUAAGGAAAAGAUGAGGGUAUUUUGUUUAGUUUUUACAAGUAGGGAAUUUUCUUGGAUUUGUGGUGAAUGUUCAUUCCAAAAUGUCACCAUUUACUAGUAAAGCCCAGUAACACUCCUUUCCUUGGCCAUAUUUUGGAUCUUGGCAGUAAAUCUGAAAUCUUUCAAUGGCUGGACAUAGAAGAGUCCUAAUUUUUUCAUGAUUUUCUAGGAACGAUUUUUCCAAGUGGAAUAAUAGCAAAACUUUUCAUUUUUUAACAUAUCGGUGUUGAGGUAGUGUCCUCUGUUUUACCUAAAAAAGAUGAAAAAUGCUUUAUUUUGUUUGUUUAUUUUGCCAGAAGGGAGAAUAUCCUUUUCAUAAGAGAUCUAGUUGAAAUUGUUGUGAUUCUGCCUGACCCAGCUCCCUCUUGUAUCAGUGGCAAUCUUCCUGUUGAUUUUAAUUAUAGCUGGUUGAAAAAUAGUAUGUCUGGUGGGAAAUAACAGAGGAAAUCUGUUUGGAAACUGCCAGAGGUAGUUCAUAUUUUCGAUCAAAAAGGGACAAUUUGUGGUACUUGAAACCAAUUGGAAUGAAAUGAAUUUUUGUUCCUCUGUUAGUAAAACAGAAGGGAAAUAUAAAACCAGUACUUUUUGCUUUCUUCCAUUUUUACAUAAGCAAAAAGACCUUGGAAAAACUCAGUCAACAUAACAAUAGUUUUGAUUUUUUAUUAAAUAGUCUGCUGGGGGGGGGGGAGAAGAAAAAUUAUAACCAGCUGGUUUUCAGUUUGCUCAAUUUUACCUAAUUUAAAUGAUUCUGAGUCCUGAGAAAAGUCACAAAACAGAAAAACAAUCCUGAAAAAGAGCUGGUCUGUCCCAAGGUUAUUGUUUAACAACUAAUAACCAUCAGACCAAAAUGUUUUGAGGAAAUGGAAGGGAUUUCAGUGCCCAAAUUAAGUUCAAAAUCACUGCUUCUAAAUUCUAUAUCUUUAAAUUCAACAGCAAGAAAUAAACUUUGCUCUUUGAGUAGGCUGCAGGCUUGCCUGCUGGUCAAGAGGAAUAGUCUCCCCUGUACUCCUGCAUGGUACCCACUGACUUCAGCAAAGCUGCAGCAGGGUAUGUUCAUCUGAGUAAAUCACAUUGCUCUCUUGGGAUUAGCUUGUAGACAAGCAGAGAGUUUUUGUCCAGACUAACAUCAGUACCUUUUUCUAUGCAAGAACUUUAUAAGAAUUGAAGAGCUUACCCUCUUUUUUCUCACACAGAGGGUACGACCGAUCUGGACUUACAGUGAGGCAAGUCCUUCUGUAGAUGUUCCCAAACACUUCUGAAGCCAGCUAGCCAGGGCUGCACAUAGCUUAAGGUAGACUAGCCUCACAAUUAUUUCCCAGACUCCUUGGGUGUGUCUUGCAGUCUAUGUUGAUACCCUUGUUAAUUUGACUAUGCUGUUAGACAUACCUGAGCCCCAGGUGCAGUUAAAAAAUGUCCUCCACACGUGGUGGAUGUGCAAUGACCAAAUCUAAAAUCACAAAGGCUCAUAUUUAGGUGGUUCUGGGUGCUAUUUGGUUUGUUCAUGGUCUAAUCAGGUCUACCUGUGCUUGUGUCUCAGAUUUAAACUAAUGGGAUGGUAGGUCUGAUUGAAAGCAAAGGGAGAAAGAAACUUUUUCACUCACCAAAGGUUUGUCUGUCUAAAUGCUGCAUCAGUUCACUUAAAGUGAUACAGCUUUGAGUGCAAACAACUGUUGCACCAUUGUCUUACACUGGUUAAUCUAGUCCAUGUUUCAUAAGGAGCUGGCAGGAAUUUGGAAUGAUGCUGAGACCAACACUUUGACUAUCCUUUAGUCAAAACCUUAGGUGUGACUUCUGAUUUCCAACUUCAUGAGUAAGAAGAAAAACUCCCCUGUGUUCCCUCUGAUGCCUUUAUGGCCCUUUUGAAUAACUGCCCAUCUGGUUUGCUAAAGAAACAUUCCUAAUAGUUUUUGAAGGAGGUCAGUCAAGUUCCUAUGGUGGUAUAAGGCCUCCAUAGAGAGAGUUUACAGAAAACAAAGAAACAAAACAAAAAAUACCAUGUUAGGACCAGAAGACAAUGCAGCACUCCUGUUAGCAAAGGGUGUGAAAUAGGAGAACAUUUACUACUCAGCCAUAUAUGUUUGGAUCUCUAUUGGCAUCUUAUUGUUGACAGCAAUUGGAGUCAAAGUUUAUAAACUUAAUUUUAAGAAAAUUUCCAAUAAACCAGCAGAAGAGAUUCAGUGGAAACUCUAGCUAUGCAGGAGAUGGCAAAAGUAAUUCAUGGCAGAACACAGAGGAAGACUGAAUAGGUCAGUCAGUUCAGCUCUGAAAGUAGGUACCUGGCACCUACUUGAGGCCAUUCACGAGUGACAUUAUCUACAAAGCAAAAGGCAAGUAUCUGAACAAAACCUCUUCCCACCCAUAUUGCUCAGUUUCUACUUCAGUCACUCUGAAAUUUCUCCUUAUUUGCUUUCUAAUCUUCUACCUUCCAUCAUCUGUGAGGGCAAGCUUGUCUGAUAAUGCUGUGGGAGUGGCUACUUCAGAUGAAAUAUGUGUUUACCCUUGUGGUGCUAUCCUUUUACAAUGGAAAAUGACUUAGCAUAGACUUAUUGCUUACCAGUUUAACUGACAGAAGCUUGUUUCCUGAAUGUCCCUCUCAAGGAGUGGUUUACAUCUUCAUAUGCUCCAACUAUAAUAUAGUAUGGGGAGGUGACAGAAAUCCCCCAAAUGACAACCUUUUUCUGAGCACUCAAAUCUCUUGGAAAAGAGAGAGUUGAAUUGCUGAACAUCAGCUAAGGAUGAAUCUCCAUCCAGACUCUGGAUUCUACCAAGUUUAAACUUAGGAUACAUUUGGAUUUAUCUCCCUUCUCUUUCUCUCCAUAGGCUGAGGCAAUGCUUCUAUGUAGUUAGGCCUGUCUGUAUCUUGACUCAAAACAGUAUUUGAGGAUUGGGACAUUUUCUGACUUUGACAUGUCUUCUGACAGAAGUGCCCAUAGUGAAAGAGAAUCGUUGCUUGUCAGCCUGGCUUAUUUUACAGUCUAUUAAGUGCAGCAAAACUGCACGGCAAGGCUCCAGGGAGGGAAAACAUUUGUACAUGCAGGUAGAUACUAAAUUGUAAUUUACUGAUUCUCAUCUUCUAAUUCCAUAAUGACAUUCUGGGCUGAACUUUUUUUCAAAGGAGAAAAAAAUUAGAAGAAAUGAAAGAAUAAUAAUUAUAAAAUGUAUCAACAGACAAUAUUGGAGACUGUCAAGAAGAGACAGAUAUAAAGUCAGGAGCAUUUUGUACAAACUUCUUUUGCAUGCUCCUUAAGUACGGAAGGCAGAAUUACUGGUUGGCACAUUUUUUUUUAUGCUUUCCUUGAUUUGUGCCUUAAUGAAAACUAAUCCAAUGUAUAGUGUUACAGAGAAGUAAAGUCCCACUCCAACCUCAAAAAAAGAG